UCUAACUUGACGGAAGCUGGUAGGAAAAGGCGUCGCUAGUAAACAUCACAGACAGAAUAAAACACAAACCGCGGACAUUAGGGCCAGAAAACACCGACAUAUUAACUGUUUUCUUUGUCGUCCGUUAAGCUGUAACCGUCACCGUGAUUGUCAUAGCGGCUGUCAGCGUCCACCAAAAAAAAAAAAACACAGGACUGUCGGGGCGUUAGCCAGCUAGCUAGCUUAGCAUAGUCACCUAAUAUCCGUUAGCAGGAGCCUGCAAGCUAGCGUUAGCAUCCGACGACAAAAAAACAACAAAGAGAUGAUAGCGCUCAUCAACAAACUGCUGGACUGGUUCAAGGCGCUGUUCUGGAAGGAGGAGAUGGAGCUCACGCUGGUGGGGCUGCAGUACUCCGGGAAGACCACCUUCGUCAACGUGAUAGCGUCUGGACAGUUCAGUGAAGACAUGAUUCCUACAGUUGGAUUCAACAUGAGGAAGAUCACUAAGGGCAACGUCACCAUCAAGCUUUGGGACAUCGGCGGUCAGCCUCGGUUCAGGAGCAUGUGGGAGCGUUACUGUCGAGGAGUCAGCGCCAUCGUCUACAUGGUGGACGCAGCCGACCCAGAGAAGAUCGAAGCCUCCAAGAACGAACUCCACAACCUGCUGGACAAACCACAGCUGCAGGGAAUCCCUGUAAGAACACUACCAACCAGACCUGAACCGGACCAGAACCGGACUAGAACCGGACCAGAACUAGACCAGAACUAGACUGAACCAGACCUGAACCAGACCUGAACUAGACUGAGCUAGACCUGAACCAGACCAGAACCAGACUGCACCAGACUAAACUAGUCUGAGCCGGACCUGAACCAGACUCAGCUAGACCAGAACCAGACUGCACCAACUUUUAUAAAAAAGUUAUUUUAAAAUCGUCCUGAAGUCAGUUUAAACUUCUAAAUGUUCUGCUUUUAUUUUGUUAGUCGUCUAUCGUGUUAUUACAUAAAAACAAUCAAUUCAAAU